AUGUCCAUGUCAAACGAGGCUCUGCAGAAGGUCCUGCAAGAGAUCAGUCAAAAGAAGGCCUUCGCUGAGCAACAACUCGUCAUCGUCAAACAACAAAAAGCCGCCAGGACACGAGAGGGUCGCAUGCUUCAGCUUACCUCGUCAGAGGUCUCGUCAUUGCCUACGCAGACCAAGGUGUACGAGGGUGUUGGAAAGAUGUUUGUCUGUACGCCUAUUCCUGAUGUACAGAAGAGACUCGAGAGUGAGAGUGAGGCAUUGAACAAGGAGAUGUCCAACUUGGAUAAGAAGGAGGAUUAUCUAGAGAAGACGUACACAAACAGCAAGAACAGCCUCGAGCAGGUGCUCAAGGGUGCUGCUUGA